AUGAUGCUGUUUCAAUUUUUCUCCCAUAGAUAUUUAACAAGACGUCGGCGUAUAGAAAUUGCCCAUUCUCUAUCCUUAACCGAACGCCAGAUUAAGAUAUGGUUCCAGAACCGCCGAAUGAAAUGGAAAAAGGAACAUAAUAUUGCAAAACUAAAUGGACCAGGAACAUUGGAACAGUUGGAAAUGAUGGAACAGGCAGCUAACGCCUCAGCAAGCUCCGUAGAUCGGUCCCAGCCACUGUACCUUGGUUCACCAUCGCACAAACCUCGGGGUUCUCAUCAUUUCGACUCGGAUUCAAGAUCAGUCGAGACACCAAGUGACUCUGGUGCAACUUCACAAGCCAUCUCUGAUGUUCCUGUUUACCAACGUCCAGAUAUACCGAUUAACUGUCAUUCACUUGUAAACUCCUCCAAUGAUGGAGAGGAAUUCAAUGAGAAUCCUUGUGGAGAAGUCUACGAUAUGCGUCAGGUUAAGAAGUUCAAACAUCCAUCCGAGUCUCCACUUGAUCUUCAUCCUCAGGAUUAUCCCCAAAGCAAACUCCCACCUCCACAUCCAUACCAAAGUGGCAAUCCUUCCGAACCUUAUGGACAACAUGAAGCGGAGAAACCGAUGUGA